CUCUUCUCUUGACUGAAAAGCGAGCGGUCCAGUGAGCAGACCCUCAGUCGGACUGUAGAGGCCGGAAGCGCUGUAGCUCGUGUUGGGGCGCGGGACCGGUAACCGGGUUUAGUCGGCUCUUCUUGGAGCACGCGGAGGAGAACGGGGAACCAGCAUUAUGGCAGAACAGGAUGUGGAAAAUGAGCUUCUGGAUUACGAAGAAGACGAAGAACCCCAGGCUCCUGCAGAAAGCACCCCAGCACCCCCUAAGAAAGAUGUCAAGGGGUCCUACGUUUCCAUCCACAGCUCUGGCUUCCGGGACUUUCUUCUGAAGCCUGAGCUCCUGAGGGCCAUAGUGGACUGUGGCUUUGAGCAUCCAUCUGAGGUUCAGCACGAGUGUAUUCCCCAAGCCAUCCUGGGCAUGGACGUCCUGUGCCAGGCCAAGUCUGGAAUGGGCAAGACAGCGGUCUUUGUGUUGGCCACUCUGCAGCAGAUCGAGCCCGUCAAUGGACAGGUGACAGUCCUGGUCAUGUGCCACACUCGGGAACUGGCCUUUCAGAUCAGCAAGGAGUAUGAGCGCUUCUCCAAGUACAUGCCCAGUGUCAAGGUAUCCGUGUUCUUUGGGGGCCUUUCUAUCAAGAAGGACGAAGAGGUGUUGAAGAAGAACUGUCCCCAUGUUGUGGUGGGGACUCCAGGACGCAUCUUGGCACUCGUGCGGAACAGGAGCCUCAACUUGAGGAACGUGAAGCACUUUGUGCUGGACGAGUGUGACAAGAUGCUGGAGCAGCUGGACAUGCGGCGGGACGUGCAGGAGAUUUUCCGCCUGACACCCCAUGAGAAGCAGUGCAUGAUGUUCAGCGCCACCCUGAGCAAGGAGAUCCGGCCCGUCUGCAGGAAGUUCAUGCAAGAUCCUAUGGAGGUGUUUGUGGACGACGAGACCAAGCUCACGCUGCAUGGACUGCAGCAGUACUAUGUCAAGCUCAAAGACAGUGAAAAGAACCGAAAACUCUUCGACUUGCUGGAUGUGCUGGAGUUCAACCAGGUGGUGAUCUUUGUGAAGUCAGUGCAGCGCUGCAUGGCCCUGGCCCAGCUGCUAGUGGAGCAGAACUUCCCAGCCAUCGCCAUCCACAGGGGCAUGGCCCAGGAAGAACGCCUGUCUCGCUAUCAGCAAUUCAAGGACUUCCAGCGGCGGAUCCUGGUGGCCACCAAUCUGUUUGGCCGAGGGAUGGACAUUGAGCGAGUCAACAUCGUCUUCAAUUAUGACAUGCCUGAGGACUCAGACACCUACCUCCACCGGGUGGCCCGUGCAGGUCGCUUUGGCACUAAAGGCCUAGCUAUCACUUUUGUGUCAGAUGAGAAUGAUGCCAAAAUCCUCAAUGAUGUUCAGGACAGGUUUGAAGUGAAUGUGGCAGAGCUUCCUGAAGAAAUUGACAUCUCCACAUACAUCGAGCAGAGCCGGUAACCACAUGCCUGACAUCCUGGAGCCACCCUGCUUCCCACGUGCUGCUUCAAGUCCUUUGUAGGCCACAGUAGGCCUUUCUUUUUACUGUUUAAAAGCUGUAGAUUUGUGUAAGAAUAAAUUUUUAUUAUGAAA